AUGGAACUCAACCGAGAACAUUUUCACGCCAUAAUUUAUUACAACUUUCAGAGACAAUUAUCGCAACAAGAAUGCCUUGCUGAGUUACUGUCUGUUUUCGAUAACAAAGCGCCACAUCAGUCGACAAUUUCCCGUUGGUAUGGAAAAUUCGAACGUGGACGGGUGAGUCUUAGCGACGAUCCCAGGGUGGGUGCACCAAAAACGGCAGUCACCCAGGAAAACGUCGUUGCUGUGCGCAAACUCAUCAUUGAAGAUAGACAUGUGACAUAUCGCGAGAUUGAGGCGUCUUUAAAAUUAGUUUCUCAGCAGAAAGCAGCCAGGGUUAAUUGGUGUCAAAAAACGCUUGACCGUUUCAAUUCCGGAAACUCAAAAAAUGUGUACAGCUUUGUUAGUGGUGACGAAUCGUGGAUUUACUGUGAAGAAAAGCCAACAAAAGUCAUCCGUUCUCGAAGUGUUUCGAAAAAUAUAGUCGCGACAUUUAUGUCAAAAGCGGGUCAUAUUGCAACAAUUGCUCUUAAUGAGCAAAGAAUUGUUACUGCGGAUUGUCCCGAUCUAAGUCCUAACGAUUUCUUUGCUUGUCCGAACAUUGAAAACAGACUGCGUGGUCAAAGGUUCCUGUCACCAGAAGAAGCAGUUGACGCAUUCAAAAGUGACGUUUUGGAUCCGUCAGCAAACGAGUGGAAUAAGUGCUUCGAAAAUUGGUUCGAGCGCAUGCAGGUGUGUAUUAAUCUUCGUGGUGAAUGCUUCGAAAAACAAUAA